AUGCGCUCACGCCCAGCACCGCAGCACCCCUUUCGAUUCCUCGAGCUGUCCGCUGAGUUGAGGAACCAGAUCUAUGAGUUCUUGCUCGUGGACCACAAACCAUUCUGGCCCACUUUGCAAACGAUCUACCGCUGCGAGUCCUCGAUCAAUGCUGCGAUCCUUCGCGUAUGCCGUCAAACACACGAAGAAGCAACAGCCAUGCUAUACGCCAGCAACACCUUCCAGGGGUACAGAGAACACAUCUUCGCGACAUGGUUGCCCUCGAUCGGGAGGAACAUCAAACACAUUCGGAGCCUGGAGGUGGAUCAUGUGCAGACCGCUGCAUUUUUCUAUGAGAUGCUGCCGCCGCUGAAGAAAGCGAUAUCGCUGCAGCGACUCGACUUGUCUUAUAUUGAGCCGAACUGGAAAGCUGAGGAGCUGGCGAAAAUGGUUGCGCCGUUUAUGCGUGCGAUUCACAGGGCGCGGAAGAGGAAGGACGGAGAUCGUGUGGAGGGUGUGCUAGAUAUGCUGGUGCUGCCCAGGUACUACGACUGUAAGGAGGAAGAGCAGGUCAAAGCGCUGAUCGCUUUUGCGCUCGACUUUCCUGCUGAGCGGUGGAAGGAUGCUUCGCGGCAGGAGCGGCUUGUUAUUGGUCGCGAAAUCAGUAAAUGA